AUGGGGCAAAAGCUUUGCUGUUUGAGGCCAUCAACUUCAGAAGAAAUAGGGACUUGCAACAAAAUUAAUGGAAAUUCCCCUAAAAAAUUGACGAGUUUGAGGGAUUGGCUUGUGGAUUCUCCUUCAGGCUCAAAUAAUCCUGAGUGUAUUAUGGGAGGUGAAAUUCAAGUUUUGACGCAAUCGAACAAGAAGGUGUAUCUGUCUUCUCCUGAUCCUGCCCAUACUGGAUAUUUUACACCAAGAGUCAGUUUCUCUACUGGGAAACUGGAUAAGAUUGAUGAAUCAGAAGAAGAUGCAGAUUUGUCUAUGAUAAGUCAAAACGGGAAUUUGGAGAAGAAGAGGGUGAGAUUCACGUUGCCUGAGGAAUCUGACAUUAUUAUCUUCUACUCUCCAAAAGAAAUAUUUGAAGAAUAA